AUGGCGUCGGAAUAUAAGGAUUCCUCUGGUAGAAUUAGGUGUCCGUGUGUUAGAUGCAUAAAUAAUAGGCUUGAAACUAUACCUAUGGUGAAAGCACACGUAUUCGAUUGGGGUUUUCAUCGAGGUUACGAGAAGUGGAUAUAUCACGGUGAAGCGGAAGCAGAUGUUGCCAAUGUGGUGGACGCCAAUGACGAUGAUGUUGAUGAGAUGAUUCCAAUGGUCGAAGACUUCCUUUUACCUACAACCGAAGAUGUAGAAAAUAACCCUGCGGCGGGACAAUUUUAUGACGAUCUGUUUGACGAGAUUGAGGCUGAGUUAUAUCCUGGUUGUAAUUGGAUAUCUUCUCUUAACUUUUUAGCAAAAUUAUUGCAUUUGAAAGUUAGAGGCAAGAUUCCCAAUAAAAUCUUCGAUGAAUUACUGAAAUUACUAAAGCUUGCAUUUCCGAAGGGAAAUAAAAUUCCAUCAACAUACUACGAGGCUAAAAAAAGAUUACAGAAAUUAGGGUUCGGGUACGAGUCAAUUCAUGUAUGUGAACAUGAUUAUUGUUUGUUUUACAAAGAGCAUUCAACUAAAGAGACUUGUCCAAUUUGCGGAAGUAGUAGAUGGAUUUCUCCUGAAAAAACUGAUGGAAAAAAGGUACCACAUAAGGUGAUGCGUUACUUUCCAUUAACUCCUCGAUUAAAAAGAAUGUACAGUUCAAGACUUACAGCGAAGCAAAUGUUAUGGCACUAUACUGGGAAAUCAAAAGACGAUGGGAUAAUGAGACACCCAGUGGAUGGGUUAGUGUGGAAGGAUUUCGAUGCCAAACAUCCUGAUUUUGCUAGUGAACCUCGAAAUGUUCGUUUAGGUUUAGCUGCAGAUGGUUUCAAUCCGUUUGGCAACAUGAGUCAAGCAUAUAGUAUGUGGCCUGUGGUGUUGGCUAACUACAAUCUUCCACCUUGGAUGUGUAUGAAAGAUAAUAAUUUCAUAUUAUCCAUUCUUAUUCCUGGACCAAAAUCACCGGGAAAGGACAUGGAUAUAUUCUUGAGACCAUUGGUGGAUGAGUUAAAGGAGUUGUGGGUUAAUGGUGUCGAUACAAGAGAUAGCAUAACCAACACUAUGUUCAAAAGAUUCCUUCCAAGUAACCAUCGAAUGAGAAGAGACACUCAGUUUGACGAACAAAUCGAGAGAAGGCGUCCACCAAGACGUUUUACUUGUGAGGAAAUAUUAGAACAAGUAAACAAACUUGUACCACAAGUUCCUGGAAAACACGAGAUGUUUGGAGGUGUCAAACGUAGGCGUAUUGCAGAAGAUCAAAAUUGGAGGAAGAAAAGCAUAUUUUAUGAGCUUGAUUAUUGGUCUUCGAACACUUUAAAACACAACAUUGAUGUCAUGCAUGUGGAGAAGAAUGUGUGUGAUAGUUUGUUAGGCACAAUCUUCGAUAAUGAUAAAUCCAAGGACACCACUAAUGCAAGACAUGGUUUGAAAAAGUUUGGAGUAAGGGAAUCGUUGUGGAUAUAUGAAGAUGACAGCGGAAAGUUAAUGAAGCCUCAUGCCCCUUAUGUUCUCACAUCUGAUCAAAGAAUGCAGUUUUGUAAAUUUAUUCGAGAUGUGAAAUUUCCAGAUAAUUUUUGUUCCAAUUUAAAGAAGAAAGUAAAUGCUGAUUUAACAAAUAUCAGCGGUUUAAAGUCCCACGACAGUCAUGCAAAUUUGUGCAAGAACUAUAAAGGUGUUGAAACAAGAUUUAAUCGUCUUGAUCGCAAUGAAGAUGAGGUGACACCAAGAAAUCUUUUUGUAUUUCAAUCGCAAUGUCGACCUAUAACAAAAGAAACUCUAAAGCCUCUUGAUCAUGCGACUCGUGAACAAGCAGAGUGUGAACACUUAGAAGAAAUCAAACAGAAAUAUCGGGAUGGAGAUCAUAACAUUUUACAUAAGAAAUAUUUUCAGCGAUGGUUUCACAAGAAGAUAUACGACUUACAAAAGCUUGGAUCGUUAGAUAAUGGUGACGAGUUGCUAGCUUUAGCAUCUGGAUCAGAUCAUUUAGGAGCUUAUUACGAAGGUUGUAUAGUGAAUGGUGUUCGAUUUAUGUCAACCAAACGAGAUUUAAAGAGGAGCACUCAAAACAGUGGAGUAUUUGUUGCUGGAACAGAAGAUUUUAACUAUUAUGGAAUACUUGAAGAAGUAUUAAAGUUAACAUUUACUGGCACAUAUUCUGUGACAUUGUUCAAGUGUAAGUGGUUUAAUACAGAUCCAAGAAGGAAAAAAAUAAUUAUAGAGAAUAAUAUUACUAGUAUAAACACUAGCGGGGAAUGGUACAAGGAUGACCCAUAUAUACUUGCAAAUCAAGCGAAGCAAGUAUUUUAUCUCGAUGAUUUACUUAGAGGAAAUCAGUGGAAAGUUGUUGAGGGUGUAAACCAUCGACAAAUUUGGGACGUCGAGAACUGUGAAGCUAAUUCAGACAUUGAUGUGGUACAUGAUAUUAGCUCAUCAAAUUUUGUGUUGACUGUGGAUCUCGGCGAGUUGGUUAUGCUACCUACUCAAAAUUCGAUUGACAUUAGUAUAGUACAAAAUUUAAAUGUUAGUCAAGAGGAUCACGAGUUAGGCGAUGAAGAAGCAGAUGAAGAAUUAGAUGAAGAAGAUGAUUUAUUAAUUGAUUUUUGUGAAGAUGAUGUUAAUGCUAAUUUAGUUAAUGAGGGAAGUGAUAGUGAUUAUUAG